GUGUUCGGUAAACACGGAGCGAUAACCGGACACCGGAGCGAAGGUCGAGGACACACACACACAUAUAGACACACACUCGGGGAGAGGCGAGAUGCGGUGUCAGUGACGGCUGAGGCGAGACUCGACAGGGCUGAGAGCCGAGAGAGGAUUACUGAAUAAAGUUGAUUGUUUAACCCUUUCGCCUCCAGGAUCUAUUCGCCAUCAUCAUGAACUUCCUCCUGGAGACGCUCCAGGUGCUCUUCUUGUCGCUGUUCUUCACGUUAGAAGCGCUGGUUCGGUUAUUUGUCCCGGUUCGGCGGAAGAGCGUGUCCGGGGAGCUGGUGCUCGUGACCGGCGCGGGCGGCGGGAUCGGGCGGCUCAUGGCGCUGGAGUUCGCGCGCCUGGACGCGCGCCUGGUCCUGUGGGACAUCAACGAGGACGCGCUCAAAGAGACCGCGCGCGCGAUAAAAGAAGAGGUCGGGGCGCGCGCGUACACGUACACCUGCGACUGCAGCGAGCGCGAGGAGGUGUACAGGACCGCGAGCCAGGUGAAGCGUGAGGUCGGCGACGUCACGAUAUUGAUCAACAAUGCAGGAAUUGUUACUGGGAAGAAGUUCAUGGACUCUCCGGAUGCACUGGUGGAGAAAACCAUGGAGGUCAACAGCCUAGCACACUUCUGGAUGUAUAAGGCGUUCCUGCCUGCUAUGAUUGCUGGUAAUCGAGGUCAUCUGGUCAGUAUAGCGAGUUCUGCUGGACUCACCGGAGUCAAUGGACUGGCAGAUUACUGCGCGAGUAAGUUUGCGGCGGUGGGGUUUGCGGAGUCGAUGGCGCUGGAGCUGCUGGCGUUGGGUUAUGACGGAGUGAAGACCACCAUCGUCUGCCCGUUCUUCAUCAACACCGGCAUGUUCAACGGCGUCAACAUUAAAUUUCCCAGACUCAUGCCUGUUCUUGAGCCGGAUUACGCGUGCAGGAAGAUUGUGGACGCGGUCCGCCGGGAUCAGGUUUAUCUCUACAUGCCUCGAGUCAUUUACGUCAUCAUCGCUCUGAGGAAUUUUCUCCCCACUAAGAUCGGUGUGCUGUUGGGCAAAUACCUGGGGGUGUUCAGCUUCAUGGCUCAGUUCAAAGGUCAUGGGCAAAAGAGCGACUAAUUUCCACCAUGAGAGGAACCGGGAAUCAACUAAUGAAGAAAGAGAGAGAGAGAAGGAAUAUUUACACAUUAAACAUGCAUGAAGAAAUAGAUGUUUAAAACUGACCCAUACUGUGACCAAUCUGCACUUCUGUUUCAUCCGAUAUGAAGAAGUUUCGUUUUAAUAAUAUCAACAUUUUGCCUCUUUAACCGUUUGCACUUAAUUUGCACCCAAGAAGCCAUUUCUGAUUGUAGAGUUUAACUAUUAUAGAUGGUGAUUAUUUUUUAAAUAUCUUUUAACUAUGUUUUUUAAUGACUUACUUAAUGAUUGUAUAAUGGAAGUGGUUGAUUCGGUGUAGUAUUGUGGCUCUUACUAAUAAAUCUGUCAAUUAUA